AACCUAGAUAACAUGUAAAUUAUUAAUCAUUUAAAUAAAUAGCAUGCCAUCUGCAAAUAGCCACUCACUCUGCACAUGGCUUGAUAAAUAUGUUAAACAACACGAGAGCGGAGCAUGAAACCGCCAACCACUUUCCGCCAGCUUUUUUGGGGGGGAGAAGAAAAGCGGGUAUUGCUGCACGAGAGGCAGCAGGAGCGCAGCUCCGUCACACCUCGCUCCUGCUGCUGUACGAGCGCAGGAGGGAAAGACGGGCCCUUUUAUUUCACCAGAAGAAACAAAGCACGGGCUGAUGGCUCAGGGAACUUUCAGUCAAGGGCACAGCUUGAGGCUGGGGUUGCGUGGUUCCUGUUGCGCUCAGCUCCGGGCCGCGCAACAACCGCGCAGCCCCCGCGGUCAUUUUUUCCACCCGGAGCCGCCGCAGCGAGGCGGGGGCGGCCUGUCCCGGUUUGGCCCAGCUCGGCUCGGCUCGGCCCGGCCCGGCUUGGUGGCAGGAAGCACGGGGGGAGCAGCGCCCACCCCAUCCGCCGCGCAGGGAGCGGGCGGAGCCGCGCAGAGCCGGGGCUGCGCUUCCGCGGACACGCCAUGGACACGAGCAGCCACAGCGUCCUCCUGCUCCAGCAGCUGAACAUGCAGCGGGAGUUUGGCUUCCUGUGCGACUGCACAGUUGCCAUUGGAGAUGUUUACUUCAAAGCCCACAGAGCGGUGCUAGCUGCUUUUUCAAACUAUUUUAAGAUGAUAUUUAUCCAUCAGACAAGUGAAUGCAUAAAGAUUCAGCCUGCAGACAUCCAGCCUGACAUUUUCAGUUACUUGCUGCAUAUCAUGUACACCGGGAAGGGGCCGAAGCAGACCGUCAACCAGAGCCGGCUGGAGGAGGGCAUCCGGUUUCUCCACGCAGACCACCUUUCCCAUAUCGCCAUCGAGAUGAACCAGGUGUUCCCCUCAGAAGCCGUGCAGUCUUCAAACCUGUACGGGAUCCAGAUCUCAACUGCCCACAAAACGGCCAAGGAACGUCUGGGAGCAAAGGAGACGCUGGCCAAGCCGGGCAGCAGGUCUUCUGCCCAGGGCGAUCACCCGCAGCUGCAGCUCUCCCUCGCCAUCGGGCUCGACGACAGCUCCCUUGACCAGCAGGUUGCUCGCCCCACCGCGCAGCCGGCUGCGCUGGUCAAGCCGGCAGAAGAGCUGCCAAAGCUCUCCAUCUCCGUAAAGCAGGAGAAGUGUGACUCGGAGCCCGUGGUGUCCCAGAGCUGCACCCCUCCUUCUCCGGACGUGGCCAGCCCCAUCUUUGCCAAGGCCAGCCUCAGGGUGCACUUGUGUCACUACUGCGGGGAGCGCUUCGACUCCCGGGCGGGGCUGCGGGAGCACCUGCACACCCACGUCUCGGGCUCGCUGCCCUUCGGCGUGCCGGCCUCCAUCUUGGAGAGCAGCGACCUCGGUGAGGUGCAGCCUCUGGUGGAGAGCAGGGAGGCUGGGGAGGGUCACCGCCUUGGGGCCUUCCUCCUCAAAGAGGACGAGCAUCAGCUGGAGCACCCGAGCUGCGGCGACCUCGAGCCGCUGCAGAUCGGCCAGCUCUCCCUCAUCUCCAAGGACCACGAGCCGGUGGAGCUGAACUGCAAUUUCUCUUUCUCGAGAAAGAGAAAAAUCAGUUGCACCAUCUGUGGCCGCGGGUUUUUCCGGAAGAGCCAGUUGCUGGAACACAUGUACACACACAGAGGGAAGCAGCCCAAGUAUGGCCGCUGCCAGCGGCUGGAGAGCCCCGCCACCCCCAGGUUUCGACCUUACGGUGACUGUGAGAGCAUGGGGAAGAGCCCCAUUUUAUCUCAAGACCACCUGGACGAAUGUAUAUUGGAAUCUGAUCUUAUCCAAGAAAGCGUGGAUACGAUCCUGGUAGAGUAGUCCUUCCUCCCCCUUCAGGCGCUGGAUAUGUGGGCAUUUUCUGUGCAGUGGGUGGCUGCUCUCUAGAACUGUCUUCAGCCAUCGUUCCCGUCACCACUGAGCUAGUGAAGAACUGUGUUUGGCCUGUGUGUGUACUUUUUUACUUCUCUAACUUUUAAACUCAAGGUAAUUCAAAUCUAAGUCCUUCUUGGAAGCCUCCAUGUAACUCAGUUACAUUUUGAUAAAUGUGAACUUAUUCUUGCUCUGCUUUACUCCAGUUCUUAUUGUGGGCGUGAGGUUUAUACAUCCCCUAAUACACUGAGUGGCAUCAAGGGAUGUUUGUAUCCCCUAGAAUUGCUCUUCUGAAGCUAGUUGAGGGAAGUGUAGAGGGACAUAUAUAUUGCUCUUUCCCAAAUAGUUUGUUUUUAAUUUAAAUAAAUGUCUCAAGGAGAUAAAUCCUGAAGUUUGUGUUGUAUAAUUGCAGUUAAUAAAUCUCUAUAUAAAUAC